AUGGCGGGUGGCAUGGAGUUUUCUGAGCUGGAAGCUAAGAGGAAGCACCAUGGCCAGCUUAUGAGUGGUGAUGGAGGGUGGCAUGGAGUUCCCGAGAUGCAAGCCGGGAGGAAGCGCAAUGGACGGCUGAAUGAAGGCCCUGCCUCGUCGUUCUCACAGACGCGCCUCUUGCUUGUCACCUCCUCCUCGGAAGAGGAACUGCCGGACGACGCGUUCGUGGAGCCUGAGUUCCAGUCGGACGACUGGUCAGUGGCGUCUUUGUCGUCGCCGUCGGUGAAUGGACGACGACGCGCUGCCCGCGCCCUUGCUCGGGCCCUUGCCUCCUUCCUUGCCACCGCCUUCUCGUAUGCCGCCUCCAGCCGGUACGCGCAGAUGCUGUGCGGCCUGUGCCAGCGCCACCAGGUGCUGCGCAUCGGCGCAGUGUUCGCCACCGGCCUCCUGCGCGCCGUCCAAUUCCUGCAGCUCAACUGGGAGCAGCUGGCCGCCGACAUCGAGGCCGGCGCGCUCAACCCACGUGUCGCGGACGAGUCGGUGCGCGAUGCGGUGGCCGGCAUCCUCCGGCCGGAUCCUGAGCUCGCCCGGUUCGUCCGGGAGGAGUGCGGCAAGGCCGAGUGGGCCGGCAUCCUCGCCCGCGUCUGGCCCAACGCCAGGUACCUCGAGGCCGUCAUCACCGGCACCAUGGCGCAGUAUGUCCCCACCCUGAGGCACUACAGCGGCGGCCUGCCCAUGGUGUCCAUCUCCUACGCCUCCUCCGAGUGCUUCUUCGGCGUCAACCUCCGCCCGUUGUGCGACCCGUCGGAGGUGUCCUACACCAUCAUGCCCAACCUGGCCUACUUCGAGUUCCUCCCGGUAGACGACGAGCAGGAGGAGGGCGACGACGAGCCGGCGCUGGUGGACCUUGCGAGGGUGGAGGCCGGGCGCGAGUACGAGAUCGUGAUCACCACCUUCGCGGGGCUGAACCGGUACCGCGUCGGCGACGUGCUCCGCGUGUCAGGGUUCCACAACAGUGCGCCGCAGUUCCAGUUCGUGCGCCGCGCCAACAUGAUCUUGUCCAUCGACGCCGACAAGACGAACGAGGUGGAGCUGCAGCGCGCCGUGGAGCGGGCCUCGGCGCUGCUGCGCCUGCCGCAUGGCGCGUCCGUCGCGGAGUACACCAGCCGCACCUGCACCGCUCGCAUCCCAGGACACUACGUCGUCUACUGGGAGCUGACUGCCGGCGUGGCGGUGGACAAGGAGGUCCUCGGCGGCUGCUGCUUGGAGAUGGAGGAGGCCCUAAACACGAUGUACAGGCAGAGCCGGGUGGUUUAUGGCUCCAUUGGACCGCUCGAGAUCCGGGUGGUCUGGCCAGGUACCUUCCAAGAUCUCAUGGACUACACCAUCUCCCGCGGCGCCUCCGUCAACCAGUACAAGACGCCCCGCUGUGUCACCUUCCCUCCCGCCAUCAAGCUGCUCGACUCAUGCGUCGUGUCCAACCACUUCAGCGCUGCCCUGCCCCGUUGGACCUCCUAUGACUAA